UCUUAAAGCCCCCACAAGCUCAGCUACAGUCAGACACUGCUGCCCUCACCAUGAGCUCCUGGCAGUCUCUGGUCCUGGUGGUCCUGGUGCUGGACUGCUGCUGUGCAGCUCCUAGAAGACCCACUCAUGUGGUCUUCCCCGGAGACCUGAAAACCAAGCUCAACAACAGACAACUGGCAGAGGAAUAUUUGUUCCGCUAUGGGUACACCCGCGCGGCUGAGAUGCGCCAGGGGCAGCAGUCCUUGGGCCCCGCCCUGCUGCUCCUCCAGAAGCGCCUGGGCCUGCCCGAGACCGGCGAGCUGGACAACGCUACCCUGGAGGCCAUGCGCGCCCCGCGCUGUGGCGUCCCAGACGUGGGCAAAUUCCAGACCUUCGAGGGCGAACUCAAGUGGCGCCACCACAACAUCACCUACUGGAUCCAGAACUACUCAGAGGACUUGCCCCGGAAAGUGAUAGACGACGCAUUCGCCCGCGCCUUCGAGGUCUGGAGCGCGGUGACGCCGCUAACCUUCACUCGUGUGCAUGGCCCGGAUGCCGACAUCGUCAUCCAGUUUGGUGUGGCUGAGCACGGAGAUGGCUACCCCUUCGACGGGAAGAAUGGGCUCCUGGCACACGCUUUUCCUCCCGGCCGCGGCAUUCAGGGAGAUGCUCACUUUGACGAUGAUGAGUUGUGGACCUUGGGCAAAGGCAUAGUGGUCCUGACCCACUAUGGAAACGCGAACGGGGCCCCCUGCCACUUCCCUUUCACCUUCGAGGGCCGCUCCUACACCUCCUGCACAACAGAAGGCAGAACCGAUGGCAUACUCUGGUGUAGCACCACUGCCAACUACGACAAGGACCAGCAGUUUGGCUUCUGUCCCAGCGAGAAACUCUACACCGAGCAUGGCAAUGCGAAGGGCCAGCCCUGUGUGUUCCCGUUCACCUUUGAGGGCCGCUCCUACUCUGCCUGCACCACUGACGGCCGCUCAGACGGCUACCGCUGGUGUGCCACGACCGCCAGCUAUGACCAGGACAAGCUCUACGGUUUCUGUCCCACCAGAGUCGAUUCCACGGUGUCUGGGGGCAACUCAGCCGGGGAGCUGUGCGUCUUCCCUUUCACCUUCCUGGGCAAGGAGUAUACCACCUGUACCAGAGAAGGCCGCAGUGACGGACACCUCUGGUGUGCCACCACCUCGAACUUUGAUAACGAUAAGAAGUGGGGCUUCUGUCCUGACCAAGGAUACAGCCUAUUCCUUGUGGCUGCCCAUGAGUUUGGCCAUGCUUUGGGCUUGGAUCAUUCGUCUGUGCCAGAGGCACUGAUGUACCCCAUGUAUAGCUUCACAGAGGAGAACCCCCUGCAUGCGGAUGAUGUGAACGGCAUCCAGCAUCUCUAUGGUGCUCGCCCUAAACCUGAGCCUCCUGCCACCACUACACCUGCACCCCAGCCUACUGCACCCCCAACAGUCUGCCCUACUGGACCUCCCACUGAACUCCCUACUGCUGGCCCCACAGGCCCCCCCUCAGCUGGCCCCACGGGUCCCCCCACUGCCGGCCCUUCUUCUGCUCCCUCUGCUGACCCUACAGUGCCUUUGGACCCAAAGGAAGAUGUUUGCAAUGUGAACAUCUUUGAUGCCAUCGCAGAGAUUAGGAAUCAUCUGUAUUUCUUCAAGGAUGGGAAGUACUGGCACUUCUCUGAGGGUAAGGGACGCCGGGUGCAGGGCCCCUUCUUGAUCAAGGACACAUGGCCUGCUCUGCCCACCAAACUGGACUCUGCCUUUGAAGAGCCACUCACGAAGAAAGUUUUCUUCUUCUCUGGGCGCCAGGUAUGGGUGUACACAGGCACAAAGGUGCUAGGGCCCAGGCGUCUGGACAAGCUGGGUUUGGGCCCAGAGGUGACUCAAAUCACAGGAGCCCUUCCCGGCAGCUCAGGGACGGUGCUGCUGUUCAGCCAGCAGCGCUUCUGGAGAUUCCACGUGAAGGCUCAGAUGGUGGAUCCCCAGAGCGUCACCCCAGUAGAUCAGAUGUUCCCUGGAGUGCCCUUGAAUACUCACGACAUCUUCCAGUAUCAAGGGAAAGCUUACUUCUGCCAGAACCGGUUCUAUUGGCGUGUGAAUUCUCAGCAUGAGGUGAACCAGGUGGACCAAGUGGGUUACGUGACCCUUGACAUCCUGAAGUGCCCUGAGAACUAGGACACCCCAUCCAGCUUCCAGCACUAUAGUAUGGGUUUGGGGGACCAACCAAUGGAAAAUGAGUCAGUUUGCUGGAUACAAACUGGUGGGUCUAUUCUGGAGGACAGGGAGGAAUGGAUGUGGGCUGGGCCCUCUCUUCCCACCUUCCUUUUUAAUUGGAUUGUUUUGUUUUUAAAUAAACAUAGAUUGUUUAACCUUGA